AUGUAUGCUAAUGUUGCUCUGUGUCUGAUGGGGGUCUUUGGUCAGAGUUUGGAGGAGACAGUGUUGUAUGAGCGACGUUAUGGGGUCCGUUUAGUUCCUCUGGUGGUGGAGCAGUGUGUGACAUUCAUCCGGGAACGUGGCCUGCAUGAAGUGGGAUUGUUUCGCCAGUCGGGACAGGCCAGUCUGGUGAAAGAGCUCCAGGAGGCUUUUGAUGCAGGAGAGAGACCAUCCUUUGACAGCAGCACAGACGUCCACACGGUGGCAUCACUGCUGAAGCUCUACCUCAGACAACUGCCAGAGCCACUGGUUCCUUACAGCCGCUACCAGGAAUUCCUGCUCUGUGGUCAGAAGCUGUUGAGUGACCGCACACUGGGUUUGGGGGAGUUGAGGAAUCUUCUUCGGGAGUUGCCAGUUGCAAACUUCAACCUACUCAACUUUAUCUGCCAGUUUCUAAAUGAGGUCCAGAGUUACUCCAGUAGUAACAAGAUGAGUGGCCAGAACUUGGCCACUGUGUUCGGGCCAAACAUCCUCCGAGCCAAAGCUGAAGACCCACAAAGCAUCGUGGGAG